AUGUAUUGCAUGUCCAUCAUUGCCGUCGCUGUUGCUCUCGUACAGGGCGCUUUAGCAUCUCCUGCCCCCUACGCUGUCCUCCCCGGCAGCGACAGUUUUGCAGGACCUCAAGACCGAACUUAUCAGCCCACCCGGGACCAAUACCCUUCCUUCGGUACUGACGGCUACGGUUCUGGCCGCACUGGCGGCUACGGCUCUGACCGCACUGACGGCUAUGGUCCUGGCCGCACUGACGGCUACGGCUCUGGGCGCAUUGGCGGCUACGGUUACCCAUCUGACCGCCCCGACAGCUACCCUUCUGGCCGCUUUAGCAAUGGUUAUCACGGAAAUGGUGUCGAUUCAACCGCCGGCACUCCUACUGAUAUGUACCCGCCCAGCUUUUUCCACGAUGUCUCACCCGAUCUGACUGGUGUACCUUCGCUCGAUUACACCGGAGUUGGGCCCGAUCGCUCCUACUUGUCGCCAGAUGGAACUGACUCGAGCUUGGGAGACCGUCUGACUGAUUCAAAGGCUGCUGACGGAUAUCCCCGCCAACACGGGGGUAUGUUUGCAAAGAGCAAGAAAGAGGCCAAAGACGCGAAACAAUAG